CGGAACAAAUCUACAGUUUUAACAUGCUAGAUUUCCACAUCAUGCCCACUUCUUCAAAAUCCACCGCCACCGCUACAGCCGCCACCAAAUUUACCGGGCACCAUCACUACCACCAAAACUACCAUUCUCGCUCCCCUCUACUCCACUGCAAACACUCACCAUCAGCCACCCGAGACCUCCUUUUCCUAAUUUUAGUCCUUUUCUCAGGCACUUUUCUCCUAUCCUCUUACUUCUCCUACAUCUUCCAUUCUCUUUCCCUCCUCCUUUCCCCUCUCCUCUCCACUCAUAGUUCCUCCUUAUCUAUCCCUUUUGUUUCCUAUCUUUUGGGUUACACUCUUUUAUUUGUCACUACCCUUGUUUCCAUCGAGUUCUUCUGCGGUUCACGAUCUCGUAAAUGCAAUAGGCCCGGAUGUAAAGGGCUGAAGAAGGCUUUGGAGUUCGAUUUGCAGGUACAAACGGAGGAUUCUGUGAAAAAUGGAUCAAAGGAGAUUGAUCAUUUGCCUUUUUAAAGGUGGGAGUGAAGGAACCCUGAUUAUGAGUGUUUGAGGGCCGAGUUGAGGAAGAUGGCACCGCCUAACGGACGAGCUGUUUUGCUUUUUCUUGCUCGCUGUGGUUGCUCCAUGGCUAAGCUUGAAGGUUGGGGUGCUAAGAGAGGGAGGCGCAUAAAAAGGGUGUAGCUAGUUCAGCACAAAAUGGUGAUCAUUGCUAAUAAUUAAUGACAUACAGUCACCGGAAUCCCCUUAUAUUCUGGUUUGAUCUAUAUUCUUUAACGCUUUCUCACUUUACUGUAAUCUGAAGAAAUUCUUAUAUGCUGUAUUUCUGAUUGCAUUUCUUGAACCUUUUUUCUGAAAUCAUUAACAUGGAAGGAUAUAUAAACAUUUAAUUCGAAUAAUAUAACAUUGGAUGAUGUUCCAAUU